AUGACGCCACCUCAAGUCUCCUUGUCACCUCAGACCAUGCUGUGCUCUCAGCCCAUGCUGUGCCCGCAGCCUAUGCUGUGCCCUCAGCCUAUGCUGUCCCCGCAGCCCAUGCUGUCCCCGCAGCCCAUGCUGUCCCCGCAGCCCAUGCUGUCCCCGCAGCCCAUGCUGUGCUCUCAGCCUAUGCUGUCCCCGCAGCCCAUGCUGUCCCCGCAGCCCAUGCUGUGCUCUCAGCCCAUGCUGUCCCCGCAGCCCAUGCUGUCCCCGCAGCCCAUGCUGUCCCCGCAGCCCGUGCUGUCCCCGCAGCCCGUGCUGUGCCCGCAGCCCGUGCUGUGCCCGCAGCCCGUGCUGUGCCCGCAGCCCGUGCUGUCCCCGCAGCCCGUGCUGUGCCCGCAGCCCGUGCUGUCCCCGCAGCCCGUGCUGUGCCCGCAGAAAGGGGUGGCUGCAGCCCUCCUGGCACCUCUCCUGCCUGAGCAGGUAAAGGAGGAAGAGGAGCGCUGGAGGAGAAAGGUGAUCUGCAAAGAGGAGGUCGAACCAUCCCCAGAAGAGGAGGUGAAAGGGGAAGAGACAACAGCAGCUGCUCCAGAAGAGCCAGAGCCCAGCAAGGAUCCCCUGGAAGACACAGUGCAGGAGGAGCUGUGCAGUGUGGUACAGUCUGGGGAGAGUGCUGAGGAAGAGGAGGAGCAGGAUACCCUUGAACUGGAGAUGGUGCUUGAGAGAAAGAAGGCGGAGCUGCGUGCGCUGGAGGAAGGCGAUGGCAGCGUGUCGGGCUCCAGCCCGCUCUCAGACGGCAGCCAGUCGGCCCCGCAGGACUCCAGCCGCCGGCUGGCAUCCAAACGGGGCAAGUGGAAGCUGUUUGUGGGAGCUGCCAGCCCCGAGUCCGCCAGCCGAGGCUCCAGCAAAACGGGCCGGGAGAGCCCGGAGGCAGGAGAAGCAGCACCAAGCACAGAAGCUGCUGAUGCAAUUUCAGACAAAGAGGCAGAGCCUGAGGAGCCCCAGGAGAAAACAAAAACUCAAGGAGCACCAAAAAUAGAAGAGGAGGAGCAGGACCUUAAGUUUCAGAUUGGAGAGCUGGCAAACACUCUGACUAGUAAACUGGAAUUCCUGGGCAUCAACAGACAAUCUAUCUCCAACUUCCACAUGUUGCUGUUGCAGACAGAGACGCGCAUUGCAGACUGGAGGGAAGGUGCUCUCAAUGGAAUCUACCUCAAACGCAAACUCCAAGACGCAGCCGAACAGCUAAAACAAUACGAAAUAAACGCCACCCCUAAAGGCUGGUCCUGCCACUGGGACAGGGAGCAUAGACGCUAUUUCUAUGUUAACGAGCGCUCAGGAGAGUCCCAAUGGGAGUUCCCCGACGGGGAGGACGAAGAGGAGGAGGGAGGAGAGCGAAGUAGCGACAGAAAAAGCGAAGGACCUCCUAAGCCACCUCCCAAAGACAAAGGAGAGCGCGCCGAGGAACCUGCCGAGCGCUCCUCCGCAGGCACCCUUUGUAAAGAAUCCUUCUCAGGCCAAGUCCCUGCCACGUCUCUCAUGCCGGUCACUCCAUUUUGGACUCUGCUUCAGUCCUCUGUCCCGGUUCUCCAACCUCCUUUGCCCUUGGAAAUGCCCCCACCGCCACCGCCCCCUCCCGACUCACCCCCGCCGCCACCGCCGCCCCCUCCGCCACCCCCGCCACCACCUCCCGGAGAAGAUGGGGAGAUCCAGGAAGUGGAGAUGGAAGAUGAAGGGGGUGAGGAACCACCAGCACCGGGAACGGAAGAGGAUGCUCCCCUGAAGCCUCUCCUGCGCCCAGCCACCAGCAGCACUCAGGCUGCCGUGGAGCCAACGCCAGCCCCAACCCCGCUGCUGUCGGCCAAGCCCCAGAAGCGAAAAGCUGCAGAGAUGAGCCCGGGGGUGCUGCAGCGAGCAGCCACCAUCGGCAGCUGCCCGGUCAUCUACAGCCAGCCCCUGAUGGCCACCGGCAAAUACCAGCCCCAAGCUGUGCCCCUGGGCUCCCUCAGGCCUCGCCAGCGCCUGCAGCCGGAGAUCCAAGGUCGCCCCAACCUCCGCCUCGCCCCGGGCCACACCGGUGCCACCGCUGCCGCGCUGGGGCUGCAGUCCGGUUACCUAGGGGUGACGGCGCCUGCCGCGCCCUCUGUCAUCGGCUACUCAGAGUGCGCCGUGCCGGUCAGCCUCCCUGCCACUGCCAUGCCACCAGCGCCAGCACGAGCAGCCCUGCCUGCCACUGAGCAGCCACCACCUCCGCCGCCCCCCCAGACGCCUCCACCGCCCACACCCAAGGCCCCACCGCCACCACCGGAGAAGGAGAAGCCAAGGAAGGGACGGAAGGACAAGGGUAAGAAGGGAAAGACGAAGAUGCCGUCACUGGUGAAGAAGUGGCAGAGUAUCCAGAGGGAGCUGGAUGAGGAGGAGAAUUCCAGCUCCAGCGAGGAGGAUCGGGAGACCACAGCCCAGCGGCGCAUCGAGGAGUGGAAGCAGCAGCAGCUGAUGAGUGGCAUGGCAGAGAGGAACGCCAACUUCGAGGCGCUGCCAGAGGACUGGCGAGCACGGCUGAAGCGGAGGAAAACAGCCUCCAGCACCUGAGGCUCGGUGCCCUUCUUCCUGCCCUUGGCUUUUUUUUUUUACAGAUGUACAGUCCCCUGCCCCCCCAAGCCCCUUCUUGACAGUUGCCCAAUAAAUUGUAGCAGUUUGGGACCUAA